AUGCAUCUCCAUCGGCUUAUCGCAUUUCUCGCAGCAAUUCUCGCUAGCGCGAUCGCAACCAAUUGCUACGCGUGUGCGCCGGUCAACGGCAAAAUUGACACGACGUGCCCGUGCGCUCAAAUGCAACUCUUCGGCUUCAUCACAUGGGACUUCGAUGGGCAUUUCUCGCAGGCGCGCAACAACAGCUGCUUGGGACAAAUGGUGUGCAAUGGCGCCAAAAGAAUGAUGGUCGUUUCUCAUGUGCGUUCGGGCAAUUCCUACGACUACUAUCGCUAUCACAGAUGGACCUACAAGGAGGCGACGUGCCAAGAUUAUUGGAUCGACUUUGCCAUCCGAUGCGAUCGGAGCACGAAACACUACAUGAUCACUCGGAUUCCCGUCAACAAGGUCAUUUAUGAGGGUGUGGGAAAUAUUCCGCGCUUCAAACUACCGCUGAGACUAACCUAUUUAAUGUGUCAAGAUUAG